AGGGAGCAGGUCCCCGGCCCCCCUUUCCCUGGGGUGGGGAUUGUUGGAACGAGGGAGGCUGGGUUUCUAGAAGGUGAAAGAGCUGACCCUGUGAUUCUGAUUCCCGGUGAGGGAACGAAGAGGGGCUAGAAUGGCCCAGUCCCCAGUCCCUGGGGCAGGGUUGCGGAAUAGCUCCCGCGGCCACCCCUUCCAGGCUCUGGGUCAUGCGCUGCCCUAAGUGCCUUCUCUGCCUGUCAGCGCUGCUCACGCUCCUGGGCCUCAAGGUGUACAUCGAGUGGACAUCCGAGUCUCGGCUAAGCAAGGCCUACUGGGGACCCCGGGGUACGGCACCAGGCCCCACGCCAGCCAGCCCCGAGCCCACCUUGCCAGCUAACCUCUCUGCCCGACUGGGCCAGACUGGCCCACUGCUCUCUGCUUACUGGAACCAGCAGCAGUGGCAGCUGGGGUCCCUGCCCAGGGGGGACAGCGCUGAGCCAGGGGGCUGCCGGGCUUGGGGGGCUGCCGCUGCUGCCCAAAUCCCAGACUUUGCCUCCUACCCCACGGACCUCCAGCGCUUCCUGCUGUCAGCAGCCUGCCGGAGCUUCCCACAGUGGCGGCCAGGGAGUGGCAGAGGCCAAGUGGCCAGCUGCUCGGGUACCAACGUCCCCUACCUGCUGCUGGCUGUCAAGUCGGAACCAGGGCACUUUGAGGAGCGGCAGGCUGUAAGGGAGACGUGGGGGAGUCCGGCGCCUGGAGUCCGGCUGCUCUUCCUGUUGGGGUCGCCAGAGGGUGAAGGGGGGCCUGACCUGAGCUCCCUGGUGACCUGGGAGAGCCACCGCUACAGUGACCUGCUGCUCUGGGACUUUCUUGACGUCCCCUUCAAUCAGACGCUCAAAGACUUGCUGCUGCUGGCGUGGCUGGGCCGCCACUGCCCGGGCGUGAGCUUCAUCCUGCAAGCUCGGGAUGAUGCCUUCGUACACACACCUGCCCUUCUGGACCACCUGCAGGCCCUUCCACCCAGCUGGGCCCGAGGCCUCUACCUUGGUGAGGUGUUUACCCAAGCCAAACCCUUCCGGAAGCCUGGAGGACCCUUCUACGUGCCUAAAUCUUUCUUUAAAGGUGGCUACCCAGCCUAUGCAAGCGGAGGGGGCUAUGUCAUUGCUGGGCGCCUGGCACCCUGGCUGCUACAGGCAGCGGCCCGUGUGGCCCCCUUCCCCUUCGACGAUGUCUAUACUGGGUUGUGCUUCCGUGCCCUGGGCCUGGCACCCAGGGAUCACAAAGGCUUCCUCACAGCCUGGCCAGCAGACCGCACUGCUGACCCCUGUACUCUCCGGGACCUGCUGCUGGCGCAGCCCCUCAGCCCCCAGAACAGCAUUCGGCUCUGGAAACAGCUGCAGGACCCUAAGCUCCGGUGCUGAGUCUCAGUGGAGCUGGGGAGGGGAGGGUGGGCCUGGCCGGCGCACCUCUGUGCCCAUACCUGGCUCAGCUUCUCCCUCUGGGCCUUGGUGUGAGGGAGGAAUCCUAGAAUCAUGACUGCCUGAGCCCUUUCUGGGUCCCCCCAGGCAAGGAGCUGGGCAGCAGAAGGCAACAGAUGGUUUCUACUUCUUGUUUUUGAAAAAUAUGCACCCCCUACCCAGACCUGGAGUCGUCCUUCUGCCUGUGGGGCCCCGGAGGAGCUUACAAAAGUAGAGCUCACCCGCACCUUGACCUUCACACUGGACUCCCUCCUCACACUUACUGAACAGGGCCAGCUCUGAUGGCCUCCCAGUUACGUUGCUGAACAGCUGCUUGUUCCACCUAAGGGAGACCAGGAGACCAUCUCGGGAGGGCCCCCACCCCCACCCAGUCUGCUGAACCGGACUCUCCAGCUUGCUGAAGUUUCCGGGGGAAGUACACCUCUCAACAGCCUGGCCUCCUUUAUGUAGAAGGGGGAAACAAGGGGUGGUCCCCAACCAGUCGUGCUAGGCUCUCCUCCCACCUCCCAAUCUCCAGGAAACAGACCAGCAGGGGGUACAGAGCCAAAUACAGAAUUUAUUGGCCA